AUGCAUCCGAUAAAUGCGAUAAUGGUGACUCGGAUGCUGACUCGGAACUCGGGCCUCGGAUCGGAGGUUGGCGGCAUACCCUUCGGAUCGGUCUGGUGGUUCAUUUACGCGGGGCUCUCGUGCUUCUUCGUCCUCUUCGCCGGUAUAAUGUCCGGCCUAACCCUAGGACUCAUGUCGCUCGGCCUCGUCGACCUUGAGAUUUUACAGCGUAGUGGCUCUCCCACCGAGAAAAAACAAGCAGCUCUUAUAUUGCCGGUGGUUCAGAAGCAGCAUCAGCUGCUCGUUACUUUGCUUCUGUGUAAUGCGGCUGCUAUGGAAGCUCUUCCUAUAUAUUUGGAUAAACUUUUCAAUCAGUAUGUUGCUAUCAUCCUCUCCGUGACUUUUGUCCUGUUUUUUGGAGAGGUUAUUCCACAAGCAAUAUGCACUAGAUAUGGACUCGCCGUUGGUUCCAACUUUGUAUGUCUUGUACGAGUGUUGAUGGUUCUUUGCUAUCCAAUUGCUUAUCCAAUUGGCAAGAUCUUGGACUGUGUUCUGGGACAUAAUGAAGCAUUAUUUAGGCGAGCGCAGUUGAAAGCUCUUGUCUCCAUCCACAGCCAGGAGGAGGGCAAGGGUGGUGAACUUACACACGAUGAGACAACGAUAAUUAGUGGAGCACUGGAUUUAACUGAAAAGACUGCCGAGGAGGCAAUGACGCCUAUUGAAUCAACCUUCUCCUUAGAUGUCAAUUCAAAGUUGGACUGGGAAGCAAUGGGGAAAGUUCUUGCUCGGGGACAUAGUCGAGUUCCUGUCUAUUCUGGGAAUUCAAGGAAUAUUAUUGGACUUCUGCUGGUGAAAAGUCUUCUCACUGUACGACCUGAAACAGAGACCCCAGUCAGUGCUGUUUCCAUCCGAAGAAUUCCACGAGUUCCUGCAGAUAUGCCACUCUAUGAUAUAUUGAAUGAGUUUCAAAAGGGCAGCAGUCAUAUGGCUGCUGUGGUGAAGUCUAAAGGGAAAAGUAAGGCUCUUCCACCGAUUGAUGCAGAGAAAGAAGACAACAGAGUCAGUGACACGGACUCCCAACUGACUACUCCUUUGCUAUCCAAGCAAGAUGGAAAGCCAGACAGUGUCAUUGUUGACAUACCCAGGGUACCAAGAUCCCCUCAUAGCAAUAGGGAAACUUUUGCAUCCCAUGGUGACGGAGCAACUAAUGGAUUUCCCCAGUUGUCAGAGGAUACUGAGGAUGGUGAAGUUAUUGGUAUCAUCACCCUGGAAGAUGUAUUCGAAGAACUCCUGCAGGAGGAGAUUGUGGAUGAAACUGAUGAAUAUGUUGAUGUACAUAAAAGGAUACGUGUUGCUGCAGCUGCAGCUGCUUCAUCAGUGGCACGGGCUCCAUCAGUUCGGAGGAUAACUGCGCACAAAGGACCCCAUGGUGACAUAAAUUGA